UCCCAUCCAUUUUAUAUAAUCUCCGAAUAUUAUGACAAAGUUUCCUUCCACUAGAUAAUCUUUCAGGAGUUGUUUCUCAGAGUUGUUCUACAUCAUAUCAGCAAGUGCGGUUUAUCAAAUCUUAUUGCAAUUGGUCCUGAUUAUACGUAUGCCGUUUUACGCUCUUCCAAACGUUGCAGCAGUGACCUUAAACUAUAUAUUUUCUUCGUAAUUGUUUGGAUUUCUCCAAGUCGUAGUCAUACAUCAUUGCCUUUCAACCACUUGGAUGUUUCGAUUAGUUUAUCGCAAAAUUUUAUCUAGUUACUUGUGACGAAAUAGUCUUCAUCUCGUCUCAUACCAAGUUUAACGUCCCAGAAUGGAUGUCAACGAAUACAGAAAACGAGGUAAAGAAAUGGUGGAUUAUAUUGCCGACUAUCUGGAGAACAUCCGCUCUCGCCGAGUGUUCCCAAAUGUGCAGCCGGGUUAUAUGAGGGAUUUGGUACCAGAUAGCGCACCACAAGACGGCGAAGGAUGGGAAGACAUCUUUUCCGACGUCGAGCGAGUCAUAAUGCCUGGGGUGACACACUGGCAAAGUCCCUACAUGCACGCUUAUUUCCCAGCACUGAAUUCGUUUCCAUCCCUGCUGGGCGACAUGUUGGCUGAUGCCAUUAAUUGUCUUGGAUUUACUUGGGCAUCAAGUCCAGCUUGCACGGAACUGGAAACCAUCGUCAUGGACUGGUUGGGGAAAAUGAUUGGGCUACCUUCAGAAUUCUUACAUAGUUCUUCGGGGGUUGGUGGCGGAGUUAUUCAGACCACAGCUAGCGAAGCUACCUUUGUAUCCCUUCUGGCCGCCAGAACGGAGGCACUGCGUCGUGUUCGUCAAAUUCGACCUGAUCUGGAUGAUGCGGAAAUUAAUAGUCGGUUGGUUGGUUACUGUUCUGAUCAGGCCCACAGUUCAGUCGAAAAAGCUGGCCUAAUAGGACUGGUCAAACUGCGACUUGUGGCCAGCGAUGAAAAACUCAGCAUCGGCGGAGCCGCAUUUCGUACAGCUCUGGAAGCGGAUGUGGCCGAUGGACUCAUACCGUUCUAUCUAUGCGCGACACUGGGUACCACCGGCGCAUGUGCCUUUGAUCGUUUAAAAGAACUGGGGCCUAUCUGUGCGGAGGAAAAUAUUUGGAUGCAUAUUGACGCGGCUUAUGCGGGAGCCGCUUUUAUUUGCCCGGAGUAUCGGUCAUUCAUGCAAGGUGUUGAAUACGCCAAUUCCUUCGCGUUCAACCCUUCCAAAUGGCUUAUGGUCCAUUUUGAUUGCACGGCUAUGUGGGUGAAAAACAGUCGCGCUCUCCAUCGAACCUUUUGCGUGGAUCCUUUAUAUUUGCGCCAUGAAAAGUCCGGCGAUGCCAUUGAUUAUAUGCACUGGCAAAUCCCCCUCAGUCGACGUUUCCGCGCCUUGAAGCUAUGGUUCGUCCUGCGCAAUUAUGGAGUUAAAGGACUACAAAAACAUAUUCGUCAUGGUGUGGCGCUGGCGAAACAGUUUGAAGAGCUUCUGCGAAGUGAUCCUGAUUUCGAGCUUCCGGCUGAGCGGAUUCUGGGCAUGGUGGUGUUCCGUCUCAAGGGAGAGAACGAGCGGACUGAGAAUCUUCUAAAGCAACUGAAUCGCUCCGGGUUGGUACACAUGGUUCCGGCCAAUCUGCAGGGCCGCUAUGUUAUUCGUUAUACGGUGACCUCACCGGUAACCACACUGGACGACAUCCGGCGCGAUUUCAAUAUCAUCCGCGCAUUCUCCAAAGUGCUGUUAGCGGAAUUCAAGAAACUGCACCGGCCAUACGAUAAGGCACUGGAGGCUAAUAAUUUAGUGGUCGCUAACGGCAUAGUGGACGAAGAGAAGAAACCGUUUGGUGUUAGCCUGUUAUUGGCCAACAGCCCACUGUCACCAAAGUUUGUUAACGGAAGUUACGCGGCCAUAUUCGGAAAUUCGGAGAUUGCUAAAGAAUUCGCUCGACAGUUGAAUCGGCAGCUUAAUCUGCAUCAUAUGCAAGGCCGCCGUCGACCAUUCCGAAAACAAGGGGAGAAGAUGGGUAAGAAUCGCCAAUACAGUCUGGACUCCCGCAUUCAGUCCAUAUGUGACACCAUCGAGGGCUAUCUACCCGACCUGGAUGAGAUUAAUUCGGAGUACAAUGACGGCUCCCCAGAAGGCCAAGAACUGGAGGAAGGCGCGGAUCCGGCCGCUCCCAGUGGCAUCGGUAAUGUGGGUAUGGGUGGCAUGAGCGGCCGAGGGCGCUCUAAAUCGGUGUGCAUGGCAGUUUUCGAGCCGAAUGAUCCGGAAGAUCAAGAUGCUUAUCAGCAGUUUGCUAAGCAUAUCAUGUUGCGCUACCGGUCGCCGUCAUUAAGCGACCGUGGUCAAAAUAAUAAUGGACCGCAAACGGAAGAAGCCGAAGAGCAGGAGGUGGAAGAAAAACCUCACCCGCUGCUUGUUCAGUCAACAGGGACAGCGACGACCUUCUCCGUGCCGGCAAUUCAGUUGCCGGCUGGGGCUGAAAAUCACGGAGGGCACUAAAUUCUUUAGCUUAUGUUACACUUUUAGGCAAUGUGGUAAAUACUGUGUUAUGCAGAAUUUGACAUUAAAUUUUGAUUAUUAGUAUUAAGUGCUUGCGAUUAUUAUUGUUCCCAUUCUAGUGAUUAUUAGAGAGCCCUAGUCAUUUUAAUGUUCUGUUUAGUGAUGGGUAAUGUUCUAAUUUGAAAUAGAGUUUUAUCGCAUUUUGCGUUUCAGACAGGAUUUCUUUUUCUCCUCACUGUUGAAACUACCCAUCACCAGUUAAAACAAGUAUAUUCAGAUACAUCGCGAUCUACUCUAGUGUUAGUUUUCUUUAUUGUAAGUAAUUAAAUGC